AUUGGAUUAUAUAUACCGAACAGACUGCCAAAAGGUUCAACAUUCAGUUGUUUAUUCUGUUUGACUAAAAAAAAUGGCAAGCAAUCAGUUGUUCAUAUUCGUCUUCGUCUGCAGCUGUUUGUUAGGAUCUGCAGUCCAUUCAUUGUUCGUCGACGUUAAACUACGUCUUUAUUCGAAGGACCUCUCGUACGUAGAAGUUAAGGCUAAGGAUGCAGCACUACUUGUACCGAAGUUGAACCUGAGUACAAAGACUAUAAUACAUUGCCAUGGCUAUACACAAUCAGCAGAUGAUUCGGCCGUUAUGGAUUUAAUACACAAUUACCUAGCCGGUUUUGACUAUAAUAUCAUAGCAGCAGAUUACCGAGAAGUUACAUCGAAUGAUUACUUAUCGGCAGUUGUAUUGCUCGACAAAGUAUCUGACAUCAUAGCACAGAGUGUAGAUACUUUCAUUGCAUCAGGAGUCAAUCCAAAACUCAUUAUACUUUCUGGACUUUCAUUGGGUGGUCAAGUUGCUGGUCAAAUUGGACGUAAAACGAAAACGAAGAUCGAAGAGAUAAUUGCAAUGGACCCUGCUGGACCUUUAUACCAAUACGUUGGGCAGUCUGUGUCUGCUACUGACGCGAAUUGCGUUAAAUGUAUUCACACUGACGCAGGUUACUAUGGAACUACUCACGCCUGUGGUCACUUAGACUUUUAUCCGAACGGUGGGACUAGACAGCAACCUGGAUGCAGCGCGUUCUCGCUCAAUGUUUUAACAGAUUUGCCGAAUACGUGCAGCCACGAGAGAGCUGAAGUUUAUAUCGGAGAAUCAGCAAGAAAUCCGGAUGGUUUCCUCAGUAUAAAAUGCAAUAGUUGGGACGACUUUAAGGCCGGAAAAUGCGAUAAAUCCGUUAUAAUCCCGAUGGGAGAAGCUGCACCGUGCAAUGUUACGGGGAGUUUCUAUCUUCAGACAAAUAGUAAGAGCCCGUAUGCAAAGGGAGCUGCUGGUACAGUUUAUAGUGGCUGAUCUAAUUCAAUCAAUUUUAUUCCUCUUUUGGUUUCGUAAUAUAAUACAAUUUCAAUUAUAUGUAUGAAAAUAGUAAAAAUAAAGUGUUUUAAUUGUUUUCCGCAAAUUAAAA